AUGCACAUGCGCAUAUGGUGAUGAAUGUGAUGAAAUUCCGUAUAAAGAUGCCAAUGGCUCCGCAUGUUUGCAGUGGCCUAUAUAUGUACAGUGCUCUGUAUAUUUACAAGGAUACGCUACAAGAAGAAAUAGAGAGGGACCAAAACUGUCAGUUGGUCAACGAUCGACGAAGAUCAGGUGAGGAGAGGGAGACGAGCCCACGAGGCCACGAGAGAAGGUAGUCCCAUUUCCUCUACGAAAAGCUCCGACUGUUGAAGACGACCUCAAAAAGUGAGAAUUAUUUGAUUGGAAUAGAAAAUAACUCUUUCGUCCUCUGUUCAUUGCGGAGACCGAAGUAGCUCGUGCCCUCCUCGUCUCGUCUUUCUGCCGUAUACCAACAACUCUUCCUCUUCCCCUCCUCUUCUUCGAAUAAAAAAAGUUUCAAUACGCAUCAUCACCGAGAGGAUUAGCGUGCAACGGAGAACAGGAAGGAGCGCCGGAGUCCGGCAUGGACGGCGGCGAAGAACUCGAAGCAUGUCAGCUUAUGAGGGAUUCUUCUGGUUAAAUGCCAGUUGAUCGCCGGGGUACGGAGACGAAGAUGGCGUGGUAAUAAAGGCGUGAUUUUUAUCGAGGGAAAAUAAUAACCAAGCUUGAAACUGAGUUGAAGUCUCAUGGCAACGGCGAACGCGGUGUCAUCAUCGACUCCCGCCAUGGAGACGACACCAGCCGCCGUACUGGAGGAGAUGGCGGCGAAAGCGGUGUAUAAGAGAUACGAAAGUCUGAUGACGGUAAGAAUCAAGGCGAUCAAAGGGAAGGGUGCUUGGUACUGGACUCACCUCGAACCUGUCUUAAUCUGCACCUCCGAUUCUGGUGUCCCCAAAGUCGUCAAGUUACGCUGUUCUCUUUGUGACGCUCUCUUUUCUGCUUCAAACCCCUCACGCACCGCCUCAGAGCACCUAAAGCGAGGAACUUGCCCCAAUUUCUCCUCCCCUUCUGCUGGCGCCGGCAGCGGCGGUGGCGACGGGCACCAUCACCCACAGCCUAAGCCCAUCUCUUCACUCCCACCUUCCUCUUCAUCCCGCAAACGCUCCUGCAAUCCAUACCAAAUCGAAGCCCUUUACUCGUCUCCAUCCACAUCUCCCAUUCUUCCGCAUCCGUCCCCGCAGCAGGCAAACUUAGUGCUUUCCGGCGGGAAAGACGACCUUGGCGCGCUCGCAAUGCUUGAAGAUAGCGUAAAGAAGCUGAAGAGCCCUAUGGCUUCUCCAAACCCCGCACUUUCUAAAGCGCAGGCCGACGCCGCUUUCUCCUUCUUCUCCGAUUGGUUUUACGAGUGCGCCGGCGUGAUCUCCUUCUCUUCCAUUGAGCAUCCAAAAUUUCGUGCUUUUCUUCAACAAGUCGGCCUCCCUUCGAUCUCCUACCGCGAUCUCGCCGGCACCCGGCUCGAUACUCGAUACGAAGAGGCUCGGUCCGACGCCGAAGCUCGUAUUCGUGAUGCCCUGUUUUUUCAGGUCGCCGCUGACGGCUGGAAAUCUAGGUCCGACUCUGACUGCGGCGACUCACUUGUCUCUAUCACCGUCAAUCUCCCCAACGGAACCACCGUCUUCCGCCGUGCACUCAUCUCCGACGGUCGCGUUCCAUGCAAGUAUGCCGAGGACGUUCUUUGGGAUUCGGUUAUAAACGCAUCUGGCAGCGGUAAGGGUGGCGGUGCCACCACCCUCUGCGCCGGAAUUGUCUCCGACAGGUUCAAAUCCACCGCCCUCCGCAGCCUCGAAGACCAGCAUCACUGGAUGGUAAACCUCUCCUGCAUUCUCCAGGGCUUCCGCAGCCUCAUCAAAGACUUCACCCGCGGUCUCUCCCUCUUCCAUGAUGUCUCCUCAAAAUGCUCCAAAAUCGUAUCUUUUUUCAACAACAAUUCUUCCGCAAGAACCAUAUUCCACAAAUACCAAACGCAGGAACUCGAUCACACCAGCCUUCUUCGCUACUCAAAUGGCAUUGACUGUAACUUCAUGAUCGAAGACGUCAUAUCCUCCACCCGCGCAUUUCACCUCACUGUACACGAUGACUCCUACAAACUCCUCUGCCUCGAUAACCCAGAAGCAACGCAACUCGCCGACUUACUCCUCGACAUGAAAUUCUGGAACGACGUCCAAGCCGCCAACUCUCUCGUCAAGCUCAUCAACGACACGAUUCAAGACAUGCAAACCGAUCGGCCACUUGUUGGCCAAUGCCUUCCUCUCUGGAAAGGGAUGAGAUCCAAAAUCAAGGCCUGGUGCGCCAGGUACAGCAAUGAUGAAACGGCCGUCCACAAUGUGUUUGACAAAAGGUUUAAAAGAAACUACCACCCAGCAUGGUCGGCUGCUUUCAUACUCGACCCCUUAUAUCUCAUCAAGGACACAAGCGGAAAAUACCUCCCGCCCUACAAAUGCCUAACACCAGAACAAGACAAGGACGUCGAUAAGCUAAUCACAAGGCUCGCAUCUCGCGAAGAAGCUCACAUCGUCCUCAACGAGCUCAUGAAAUGGAGAUCAGAGGGUCUGGAUCCAAUCUACGCGCAAGCGGUACAGGUGAAGCAGCUCGAUUCGGCAACCGGAAAGAUGAAGAUUGCGAAUCCGCAAAGUAGUCGGCUUGUGUGGGAGACUUGCCUGAGCGAGGAGUUCGGAACGCUGGGAAAAAUAGCCGUUAGACUGAUCUUUCUACACGCAACGGCCGGCGGAUUCAAAUGCAAUGUUUCGUUGUUGAGAUGGCUGAAGCGGCAGGGGAAGUCGAGGGCGGCUAUGGAGAGAGCGCAGAAGAUGAUCUUUGUGGCGGCGCAGGCGAGAUUAGAAAGAAGAGAUUUUUCUUGUGAUGAAGACAGGGAUGGGGAACUGUUCGCAAAUGGGGAUGUGGAUGAGCUCAAUGAGACGCUCAUGGAGGCAUCCUAGGUGUAAAAAUUUCUGAUUUUGAUUAUUUUUAUUCUUGUUUUUUUUUUUUUUUUCCUUCUUCUUCUUCUUUAUUUAUGGUCAAUGGCGACCUUGUGGAAUUGAAUUUUGAAGUUUGGUGGGAUUUUUUCUUAUGUUUUUGUUUUGGUCUCUCUAUGCGCUGUCAAGAAAUCUUGAAGAUUGAUUAGGUUCCCUGUUGAUGGGAAGAAAAUUAAAUAAUAAGGAAGGAUUAAAAAAAA